ACUGCCGGAAGUGCCGCCCUGCGACCGCCGCCUAAAGCUCCCGCUGGCGCUCGGUGCCGGUGCCGGCCAUGAGCAAGCGCAAAGCUCCCCAGGAGAGCCCCAACGAGGGCAUCACCGACUUCCUCACCGAACUGGCCAACUACGAACGCAACGUGAACCGGGCCAUCCACAAGUACAACGCGUACAGGAAAGCGGCCUCGGUAAUUUCUCGGUAUCCGAGCAAGAUACGGAGCGGGGCUGAAGCCAAGAAGUUGGAUGGAGUAGGUGCUAAAAUAGCUGAAAAGAUAGAUGAGUUCUUAUCCACUGGAAAACUCCGCAAAUUGGAAAAGAUUCGACAAGAUGAUACAAGUGCUUCUAUUAAUCUCCUGACACGAGUCACUGGCAUUGGUCCUGCUGCUGCUAGGAAGUUUGUUGAGGAAGGCAUUAAGACUUUAGAAGAUCUAAGAAAAAUUGAGCACAAGCUGACCCAUCACCAGCGAAUUGGGUUGAAAUACUUCGAAGAUUUUGAGAAAAGAAUCCCAAGGGAAGAAAUGCUGCAAAUGCAGGAAAUUGUGCUGAAAGAGAUAAAGAAGCUGGACGCAAACUACAUCGCUACAGUCUGCGGUAGUUUUAGGCGAGGUGCGGAGUCGAGCGGCGAUAUGGAUGUUCUCCUAACCCAUCCCAGUUUCACAUCUGAAUCAUGCAAACAGCCAAAACUUCUGCGUCAGGUUGUAGAACAGCUGGAAAAAGUCCACUUCGUCACAGAUAUGCUGUCUAAAGGUGACACAAAAUUCAUGGGUGUCUGUCAGCUGCCAGAUAAAGAAGACGGAACGGCCUAUCCACAUCGGAGAAUCGAUAUCCGGCUUAUCCCGAAAGAUCAGUAUUACUGUGGUGUACUGUAUUUCACAGGAAGUGAUAUAUUCAAUAAGAACAUGAGAACUCAUGCUCUGGAAAUGGGCUUCACAAUCAAUGAAUAUACAAUCCGCCGCUUGGGUAUUACCGGAGUUGCUGGAGAGGCCCUGCCAGUAGAAUGUGAAAAAGACAUCUUUGACUAUAUCCAGUGGAAAUACCGAGAGCCAAAGGAUCGGAGUGAAUAACUAAGUGCUUGUCUAGGUUUGUAGCUUAGAGAGAUGUUUUCAUAGCUUCUGAUGAACAAGUGAAAGUGCAUAGUCUUACUUUGGAUGUUACUUGAAAAAAUGCAUAUUACUGAUGUUUAAAGCAAGUUCAUGGCACUCGAACUGGAUGUGUCGUGAAGAUAAACCCUGUCAGAUUUCAUUUUCAUAUAGUCACAGAAUAAUUUGGGUUGGUAGGGACCCCUAAAUAUCAUGCAGUCCAGUUUUCCUGCCAUGAGCAGGGCCAAUCUUUGACUAGAGAAGAUUACUUAUAGCCCAGUCCUAUCUGACCGUGAACGUUUCCGGGCACGGGGCAUCCGGCGUGUCUUUUUGUCUUGUACUUAUGUAGAUACCAGAAUGAAAAAGCGGGCUAUAUCAUGAAGUACUCCUAAAGUAAUAUUUUCAAGUACUGUCUGUAUCUCCGCAUACCUGUGUUAAGUGUCUUGGUGAAGUGCUGAAGCUCAUGAUGAGUUCCUGUGUAUUUACUUCUAAAAUCUUUCAAUAUGGCCUAAGGUAGCCAUUCUCCUGUUGCAUGUGGCCUGUGAAUUUUAUUACUAGGUGUGUUGUAGUACUGUUGAUUGCAGUGCUCUGGGUUUUGUUCAGUUUGGUCUGAUUAAUUGAUGCACUGCUACCGCUCCUGUAGAUUCAACCUGCCCUUUUUUAUAUGCAAAGCUCUCAAAUCUUACUUCAUACCUCCCCUUUAAUUGUUGGGAAAGGUAAUGAGGAAUUUGGAUGUGAGACAAGGUCUCCUCAAGAAUGCAUUACUAGUUGCUACUAUUUGGACAGGGAUUGUGUUGGUUAACUUAAAACUUUUCAAAGUAGUAAGCUACGAGCUUCCAUGUGUUACAGAGCAUGAGCAUGGAAUGUAUUGCUGCUACUGUAUUUGAAUACCUUGUUGCAGUAAGGCAACCGUAUUACAGAACUGCAAGCUUGAAAAGAUGAGACUUUUGUACAUGGUCAAAUUGACUAUUGCUACCUAUAUAAGACUUCUCUUGGUUUCUUAAUGCUCGGGUUCUCUUUUGGCUUCUAUGAGGGCAGAGAGGAUUUUGUAUAGUCAGAAUACUUAACCUGACUUGAAUCAUGCAAGAGACAUAAUACUGUUUCUUAUUUUUAUCUCACUUAAGCCUGCAGAAAAACUACAUUUUUAACUUGUUCUUAUACAAGAAAAGUUGAUCAAUCUUAGUAAGGGAGAUUAUAGGCUGAUGGUCUUACUUAUCCAUUUGUUUUCUUCCAUUUCUCUUGUUAGGAGUUUUAAUUAUUUUCUGGGAAUGUUCCCCGGUGCUAAUGCAUGCAGUAGUAUGUAAGGAAACUAGAAGUUAACUCGGUACUAUCUGAAGUAUUUUGAUGCCUCAUUGUAAAAAUAUAUGUAGCUGAUAUAUUUAGUAUUUUCUUCGGUAGUCAGUAGGAAUAAACAAAUUGAAUAGUCCAUCGUGGAUGUGUUUGAUUACUGUUUUAUUAGCUGUAUUAUUAGAAGAUCAAAAAACAGUAACACAUUUACCGUGUUUACAAACGUUUCCUGGGCAGCACGCAGCAUUACACUGAUGCGUUCUCCAUCGUCUUCAACAGGUCACCCACAAGCCUACUUUGUCUUGGGCCUUGAGAUGGAAUUUGUUGGCCUUGCAGGCUCUCUCUGUAAUACUGUGAAUUCUGUAUGAAAAGAGAAAGGAAAAAAAAACAAAGGCUUCUUCAGAGAGCUUGCUUGUUUUUUGUGAAUUACACAAAUAUACAUUGCGGGUGGACUUUU